CAAGCUCAUUAUGACUGGAGAGAACCGAUGCACUGACCAGAAAAGGGACAUUGAGGGUACUGUGACUUUUAAGUCCAACUUCAAGGGAAUGCGAGCUGUUAAUCUCCGUCUUUCUCACAAUGAUGAUUUAAGAAAGUUUGUGACUGACAUUGCACUGGAUGUCAAUGGUGAUCAAUACAUCUAUGACUUGGAUAUGAACCUAGGAAGAUCUGGAUGGCAGUUCCAAAACACUGGCAAGCUCACACUCUCUUCUCCAAGCUACCAAUUCACCAACAACUGGGAACACAGAAAUACUCACAAUGAUGUGAAGAGUACAAUGACAACAGAAUGGGGCAGAGACAAACGUAUAUUUGUCAACAUAUUUGGAAACCAUGCUUCAGCCACCAGAACAAAGGCCUUAGGGGGAGUGACAAUUGAAACACCAUGGGAACCAAUCCGCAAUAUUGACAUCAACCUUGACCAUGAACAUGGAAGAGGUUUUAUCCGACACUCGUCUAACAUGAAGCAGGGAGAGAAUAUGAUUGGAUCAGCGGGUAUCAACUACAUUAGAUCCAAUGGGCAAACAGAGUCUGAUUUUACACUGGCAUCACCCAUGACCAACCUUAAAGGGAAGAUAAAUGCUCGCCAUGUAACUUAUCCACUCUCGGGUCAUGCUGAAUUAGAAUGGUCUCCAUAUAACAAAUUAUCGCUCGAUGGUUCCUUUGCUGCUCCAUCUACCCAGGAUAUUGAAACAAGUCUGAGGAUGACAAGUCCUUUUGAAAACUUCAGAGAUAUUGUCGUGAAGGCAUCCCACAAGAAGGAAGGCUCUGAUUUGAUAUCCAGAGGAAGCUUCAGCUAUGACAUAAGAAAGUCCUUUGAGUUUGAAGCACACAUCACACCUGAUAGUCUCAACAAUUACCGGGCAACACUGAAGACUCCAUUUGAUGACUACAAAUCUUUGGAAGCAGGACUUUCAUUCAAUGGUGACCAUAGAAACUUCAUGAGCAAAGCUAACUUUGCUAUCACUCCAGUCCUGGGCAACUUUGCUGGAGUCUUAAACUGGAACCUAGAUGAUAUGAAUGGAAAAAUGAGGAUAGAUACUCCCUUCCACGAGUAUCAGUACUUGCAGGUGUUUGCCAGCAGUGAAAAUACAGGCAAGGGAAGACGUUCACACAUUGAAACUGAAUACUACCCAAGGAAAACUAUUAGCCUCGAUGCUGUCUAUGCCAUUGGAACCCCCAUUAUUAUUGACGUCACCAUGAAGACUCCAUUUGAAAGAAUGGAACACAUGAGUGCAUCCCUGAAGCAUGCACUGAGAAGACGUUCAUUACAAACACAUGUUGAUGUUUCGUUUGCUUCAGACAACAACCUGGCUGGUGAUCUGAAACUGAACUGGGCAAAGGGAUAUGAUGGCAGUCUGGUUAUCACCACACCUUUCUCUGGUUAUGAAAUGAACAAGCUAUCGUUAAGACAUGAGGGCAACUGGGAUGCCGUGAAGAGCCAUGGAGAAAUAGAAAUGGCAAAGAAAACUGGGGAAGUGGACCUAGAUUUUCAUAAUGGUUUUAGAUCAACUGGGGUGUUCACACUGAAGACACCAUUCAGUGGCAUGACAGAAACUAAAGUUUCAUUCAACAAGCGUGGCUCUUUGGAUAACAUACGAGGAGGUAUAAUUAUCACCUAUGGACAAGAUCAAACCAUUGACAUCUCUGGCCAGAACAGAUUUUCCAACGGACGCCUGGACACAACACUUCUUCUCAAAUCCCCCUUUUCUGAUAACAUCAAGUUUGUCAUUGAUCAUGAUGGUCAAUUAAGAAGUUUCUCCACUAAGGUAUCUGGAGCAGUUGGUUCACGGCACUCCUUCAACUCAGAGUCAGCAUUCACUUUCAGAUAUCCAUUGAUAGAUCUAUCUACCAACUUUGGCUACACAAAAGAUUGGAGGGGCAGAAACAUUGGACUCAAGCUUCACAAAGAAGGCUACAUUAGUGACAUGAACGCCAAAGCCAGUGGAAUUCUGGAAAAUGAACAAGUUGAUAUUUCCCUUAUGCUAAAGACAGAUGGCAAAAUUGAAGGAUCUCUUACCAUGCAAACACCAUUUGAAGACUACAAAGAUGUUGGACUUUCUCUUCAACAUUCUGGUAACAUGCAGAGGUUUUCAAGUCAAGGCACUAUCAGGUACAUGGAUGGCAAGUCUCUGGAAGGCACACUUACUUUGUGGCAAUCUGGACUGGCUCAUAUUGAUACCAAAGCAGAAAUCAAGACUCCCUUCCUUGGAUAUGAAUCUUCACUUCUCAAAUACCGCCAUUCUAUCGAUGACACCCAAAUGACAUCAAAUGCUCUCAUUCUCUAUGGACGUGGACAACGAAUUACAUCUGAUCUCAGUAUCGAAACAUCACCUAAGAUCAGUUUUGAUCUUACCAUUCAAACACCCUUCAACAGAUUCCAAAACAAUAAACUUGUGUUUAGACAUUCCGGACCGCUUAUCAGCUGCACAAGUCAUGCACAAAUGGAAAUCCUAGAGAAAUCAAUCACUGCUGAUUCAUCAUUUGAACACGGAACUACUACCAUGGCUAGUCUCUCCAUCAUCUCUAAUAUCGAGGGUAUGGAAAUGGUCAAAGCAUCUUUCAACAAGGAGGGAAGCAGCGACAACUUUAGAGGUACUGCCUCAGCCUCCCUUAAGGAUUCCACCAUUGAAGCCGAUAUCACAGGUAGAAUUGCUCAAGACAUCAGAGGAACCUUUUCUCUAAGAACACCUUUCAGAGACUUUAGAGACACAGCCAUUGUCAUUGAACACACAGGCAACUGGAAUGACUUUAAUAGCGAAGGACUGCUCCGUUACAUGGAUGGCAAAACAAUUGAGGGCAAAGUUAAGUUCUCCCAUAAUGGAUACAGGCAGAUGAAAACAAGUGCCGAGCUGAAGACACCCUUCACUGCAUUUGAAAUGAUGACAGCUGAAUAUGGACAUGAUUCCAGGAGCAAUAACUUUAAAUCUAACUCAGCAGUCACCUAUGGCAACGGACAGAGAAUUACAUCAGACAUCUCUGCAGAUACAUCCAGAGAUAUCAAUGUAAAUGUUGUGCUCAAAACUCCUUUCAGGAACUUUGAACUUAGCAGAGCAAUGUUUACUUCUACUGGUCCUCUCAGAAAUCUGAAAAGCAAUGCAGAACUUGAGUUUGCCAAGACCAUACUUACUGCACAGACCAACUUUGCAAACAUGGAAUCAACAAAAGGCAACCUCAUUAUCACAACAAACAUUCCUGGUUAUGAAAGCAUGAAGGGUUCCAUUGGUGUGGAGGGUGAUCUCACUGACCUGAAAAGCACAGCCCUUCUUAACAUUAAGGAUUCUACACUAGAGGUAGAUCUUAGUGCCAGUUUAAAGAACAGCAUCAUGGCAUCUUUGACGAUCAGGAGUCCUUUCCAGAACUUCAGAAAUGUUGGAGGGUUUAUCCAGCACUCAGGAUCCCUAUCCCGCUUCAAUACUGAAGGAAAUCUUCGCUACAUGGAUGGAAAGGUUGUUGAAAGCAAGGUCGUCUUCUUAACAUCUGGACUGACACACAUUCAAGCCAGCACUGAGCUAAAAACACCUUUCCAAGGAUAUGAAAGCCAAUCUGGGGAAUACAAACAUUCAGUAAAGAAUGGCCGUCUUAGCUCCAACAUGGAUAUUACCUAUGGUCAAGAUCAAAAAGUACUUAUGACUGUAAAUGGCAUGAUGUCACCAGCAAUUGACAUAAGCGCUACACUCAAAACUCCUUUCACAAACUUUGACAACAGCAGAAUCAUCUUCACUCAUGAGGGAUCCAUUGGCAACUGCAAGAGUCAUCUGGAAGUACAAGCCAUUGGAAAGUCAUUUACUGCAGAGUCUGAUGUCCAGACUGGAAGUUCUAUGAGAGGUAACCUGAAUAUUGUCAGCAACAUUCAAGGCCUGGAAAGCAUGAGGGUAUCUUACAGUAAAGAAGGGGAUAUCAAUAAUCUCAAAGCUAAAGGAUCCAUUGGAAUCAGAGAUGAAACAUUAGAAGCAUCUGUCAACAACGUCUUUAGUUCAAGACGACUCUUGACUGACUUAUCCAUCAGAAACCCAUACACAGAAGAUAUUGAUGUGCAUCUAGAUUUCAACGGGAGACCAACCAACUUCAAAAAUCAGAUGUCUGCCAGCAUAGGCACUGGUGGUUCCAUCUCAACUGGCUCAUCCUUCCGGGUUAGAAAUGGUGAUAUUGACAUCAGCUCAGGAUUUACCUUCAAUCUGGCAGGACUUGGGCAGACAGGAAACAUCAAAUUCCACAAAGAAGGGGAGCUGAGGAAUAUGAAGAUGAGUAUCAAUGGUGACUACAACCAGAGGAAAGCAAGUAUGAAGGCCGAAUUCAGAGCAAUGGAUGAUGUUCAUGGUGAGGUCCAAAUCUUAACACCAUUCAGACCAUACAGAAACAUUGGCUUCUCUUUUGAUCACUCUGGUACAUGGAAUCGUUUUACUUCUCAAAGUAUGGUCAAAUUCAUGGACAGGAGACAGAUCACCGCGAAAAUCAACCAUUUCAACCAUGACCUUGAUCGUCUAGAAAGUAGCUUAGAAAUCAAUACACCUUUCCAAGGCUAUGAAUUCACCAAGGCUGAGAUCGAUCACACUGCAACAACUAAUGGAAUCAACUGUAAUGCUGCUGUACAGUAUGCACAAGGGCAGAAACUUACAGGAGAACUCCAUGCAACAACCUCACCAAAGUAUGACGUGGAAAUCAAACUGACUACACCGUUUAGAAAAUAUGAGGUUCUCUCUGCAUCCACAUCAUUUGAGCAUGGUAUUGAAAGAUACAAUCUAGAGAGCAAACUGAAUGCUGGAAACGGCAAUCGCUUUGGUCUUGAGUCAACUAUUGACAUGUCUACCACGCCCUACACUGCUGUUGCACGAAUCUCAACACCAUUUGAAAACUUGGAUUCUGCUGAGAUCUCUUUAACACAUGCUGGUGAACUAAGGAAGUUUAGGUCCACAGGCACCAUACAAACUCCAAUGACUGGUAUUCUCACAGGUGAAGCAUCUCUCGGCUACUCAUCUCCAUUAGAAAUGGAAGGUUUAAUAUCUCUUUCCAAUGAUAUCAAACUGGCUCUUCACAACACCAUCAGAAACAAGAAAUACCAAUCUCACAUUGAGGCGUCAUGGAGCCCCAGGGACCAAAUAGCUUUUGAUGGAUCCUACCAAUUCCUUGAAAUAUACAAUGAGAAACAACUGACAACAGAUUUCACCCUUGUUACGCCAUUUGAAACUGCAAAGGUGACUGCUCUUAGGUUUGAACAUCAUCAAGGAUCAGACAAAUAUACAGAGAAGCUGGAAGCCGAUUACAAUGGUGACACUGUUCUGGAUAUGGACAUGGAGAUCUCCCGAGGCUCAAGGGAGCAGGGAACAUUCACAAUGAGGACACCAAGACCAAUGCAGCUGACUCUUUCAGGGGAAAUAGCUGAUAAGAACAUCGAUGGAGAGAUGUUUGUCAACUGGGACAGAGAUGAACCCGAGAGCAACAUCCGAAUCCAGACCACACUGACAGAUAGGAGCAGACAGUCUCUUUUGAACAAAGACCUGACACUAAAGUUUAUCCAUCCAUCCCGCACUGUUGGUAUCAUUGGAAAUGUCCUCACUUCACAGCUCCAGACAAAGAGUCAUGGCGAAUUCAUCUGGAAUGAAGAUGCAGGUCACAAACUGUUCUAUGAUGUGGAUGUAAAGGAUCGUAGCCGUCGCUACAGCAAGAUGUUUGAUGGCUCCUUCAAAGUGGGAUCCCCUCUGAGAAGUCUCCAAAUGGAUGGGUCUUACAGUCAGACAGGUGCAAGCCAAACUGUGGAUGGAGCCUUCUCCUGGGAUGCAGACAGAGAUGACACAAAGAAGAUUGGCAUGAAAGCAGUCCUCGCACCUGGUGACAAAAACAAGCAGGCAGACCUCUCUCUCAGACUUCCUUCUAUUGGCAAGAACAUCCAGAUCGACACAGAAAUGCUGCUGAAUGAUGGCAGGACUGUCUUCAAUGGAAAAACACAAGUGUCCUACUCCAGUGACUCCCGAAAAACCCUCACCCUUACAUCUCGAAUGGAUGACAUUUCCUAUGGCUAUGGUAACACCAACUACAGCUUUGUGGUUGGCAUUAGCCACCCAUAUACAGAUGUGGACGUCAAACUAACAUCCCAUGUUGGUAGCUCCAGUGAGAAAGUAUCUGCUGGAACUGGAAUGACCUACCUGACAGCCAGGAGGGAAAGAAAGAACUUUGCCCUCAGAGGAGAGAUCAACAAACUAAGAAAGCAGAUACAACUGCAGAUGGAGACCCCAAUCAAAAACAUGGAACUUUCUGGUGAGAUGGAGGAGACCCCUUUCAAGCUGAAGAUCAGGAAUAUGUAUGGGGACAAGAUUGUCCAAGCCCACCUUACUGUUGAUGCUGAAAGGAGAAUGGUGGACUUCCAAACUAACUACGAUCUGGACAACCCUGGAAAAACACAGAACAUGAAUGCCAGAUAUGUCAACUCAAGUGCCAUGCAGGCUGAGGUUUAUCAUCAGGAGAAUUCCCGUCGAGUGUCUGAUAGUCUAGUUGCACUCAGACUCAACACAUCCCGUCUGCUCCAUACCAGGAUAUCCUGGAGGCCACAAAUGAUCGCCGAUGUUCAGGGAUACUUGACGAAGAAGGUGGAGACAUAUGGACAAAAUACAAAAAGCGCUUUCCACUCUGUGUACGAGUCUGUGGGACAGGAGUUGUCAGGCAAGUACCACCGGAUUGCACAAGCCACCAAGGAAGAACUGUCUCCUUACCUAACCAUGUUGGAAUCAGAAAUGGCUACCAUAGAGAAACAGCUGGACUCUAUCAGGAGGGAUGUCAAGCGCAUGUACGACCGUAAUGACUUCUACAUGGCAGCCAUGGGAGAUCACUUCAACCAGGCAUUCCAAGCCUACAAGGACCUUGUGACUUCGACAAAGGAAGUGUUUGCUUCCACUAAUCAGAAAUUAGCUGAAUAUAUGGAGGAGAUGACAAACUUCCCCAUUGGACAGAAAUAUCAGGCUAUCGUUGCUGAAACACUCGUCAACUUUAAGCGUGGUGUGGACGAGCUUGUCAUAAACACUGUUGAAAUGAUAUCGGGGCUUGAUGAACAGCUGCAGAGUUUGAGGAACACUUAUCAUCAUCAUUACAAUAACCUGCGGACUUCUAUUACAGACCUGAAGAACCAUCCUCGAUUGGCGACCAUCAGGCUUCAGUUUGCUGACAACUACCAGCAAUACCUCAACACCAUCACCAACAAAGUACAGGAUCUUAACAUCCCUAGCAGAUACAACACAAUUGUAGAACACACACAGAAGAUGCUGACCUCCCGCCUAGGAGACAUCAUGAAGAGGGACGACCUCCAGCAUCUGCUUUCUCUUACUAAUGAUGCUUACCAAGAGGGUGUGUGGGCAUUUAACUACUGGCAAGUAGAGGAAAACCUCAAGCAGCACCUGCAGAGCAUCUAUGACAUCCUCAAGGAGAUGGUUGAGGAGGAGGUUCAGAAGUAUAGGGAACAAUUGGUGUUUCUGGAAAAGUCCAAGGUCACAGUUUGGGAUCCUCAACAUGGUGAAAUUCAGAUAGAAUUAUACUUGCCCAUCCCAGUUCAAUCUCUGGACACACUUCCAGAAAUCCAGACGUAUGUUCAAAAGGCAAAGACUGCAAUCAGCACCUACAUCCCAGACAGGGCAACAUACCAGAGAUACAUUCCAAAGUCAUUGUGGCAGACACAUAAUGCUACAACCAGAAUGAAUGGUGAAAUAAAAACCUUGCCAAACGCUUCUCAGAGACGUCCCUUGAGAAGGUACAACGCCAUCCGUCUCUAGGACUACGACGUUCCAACGCCAACUUACCCACACACGGAAAAAUGAUCUAGGCAUAUUUAUUGACUAUUUAUAAUACCUAACGUUUUGUGUAAAGUGAAUGUUACUUGUAAACUAUACUGAACAGUUGAUACCAACAGAAUAUCUGGUUGUCAUACCAAUCUUCAGAAUGACAAUAACUAAAACAUAUUAUAUUUGCUGGUUUAAUAACAAUUCCUUAACGUGGAAUGUGUUAUUAGUCUAUUGUUCAGUAAAGGUUACAGUUAGUGUGACAUAGUAGCAUGUAUUAAUUCCCUUCCCAGUCCUAAAAUAAAUAUUUGCAUUCAAA